UUUGACAUUCAGCCUUCACUCUCUUUCUCUCUACGCAGCACAACAAUGGCUGCCUUGAGAAAAUUAUUAUUACCCAAAAAUACAAGUGUUGUUAUAUCAAACUCUGCAGUUUUCCUUUCUCGAAGAGGCAUAGCUUCUAAGCUAUUCGUUGGAGGCCUCUCAUUUUACACCACAGAGAAGGCGCUGUCAGAGGCAUUUUCUCAACAUGGUCAAGUUAUUGAAGCUAAAAUUGUGACGGAUAGAGUCUCAGAUAGAUCCAAGGGCUUUGGAUUUGUCACCUAUGCAUCUGAAGAUGAAGCGGAGAAGGCCUUGCAAGAAAUGAAUGGCAAGCCUCUUAAUGGACGAGUUGUCUUUGUGGACUACGCAAAGCCUAAAACUGAUGGUGGCGGCAUGCCAAUAGCCCGAGGUCCCCCUGAGCCACCAGUAGAACAAUGAGAGUUACCAAACAGACCACUCUGACUCUGUGUGCUGCUAGAGUUGCAAGCCUUGCUCUUGCAAAAUGAUUAAUCUGGAGAGCGUCGUUUCUCGUUUGGCCGGCAACCAAGAACUAUACAAAUAUCUUGUAAGUCACCACUAGUCAAAAGAAGUUAGUUGUUUUUCAAAUAUGAGUGAAAAAUUUAUGU